AUGAACUUUCAAAAGAAUGGAAAAGGGAAGGAACUCAAAAAGAUCAAAGAUCUAAUGAGCCGCCCUCAAUUAGACAGCGUUUACUAUUCUGAAGUCGAACAACAAAAGGAAUACGAGCGAAUAAUUCGUGUUAUCGACACGGAAGGCGCGAUCAUGAAUGCCGCUUUAAGCAACAAAGACCUUUCUAAGGCGAUCACAUGCUGCGACAACAUCGGUAAAGAGCUGAGAACUAUUUCUUUGUCACCUAAAAACUAUUAUAACAUUUUCUUGUCGACACAGACUGCUUUUAGUUCACUGUACAUGUACUUAAGAGACGAAUAUGAUGGGAGUCUUCUUGCAUUGUAUGAACAAGUCCAGUACAUCUACUACGCAGUUCCACGUCUUUACUUGAUGUGCUGUGUUGGUGCUGCCGCCAUUGUGAAAAAAGCUGCAUCAGUCGACGCACUAAUGAAAGAUCUUGUUGAAAUGUGUCGAGCCGUUCAACACCCGACUAAAGGUCUUUUUGUUAGAAACUACCUCAUCGAUAUGUUAAAAGAUAAAUUGCCAGAUGGAAACUCCACAGGACAAGGUUGUGGGUCUUUAGUUGAUUCCGUUGACUUUGCGUUGGUCAAUUUCAUUGAGAUGAAUAAGUUGACUGUGAGACUUCAAACGGGUGUUAGAGACAAAGAAAAGAAGGCAGACGAAGAAAGACAGUUACUCCAGUUGGUUGCUAGAAACAUCACAUUGCUCUCCAAUUUGGAAGGAAUGAGUUUCCGGUUGUACAGAGAUUCUAUUAUGCCAAGAGUCUUGGACCAAAUUGUUUCGUGUAACGAUUUGAAUGCUCAAAUGUUUUUGAUGGAUGUCAUCAUAUCGGCCUUCCCAGCCGAUUAUCAUAUUGGUACGUUGGAAGAUUUACUUCGAUGCUUCCCAGUCCUUCACAAGCAACUCGACGUUCGGCCUCUUCUCUUAAACUUGAUGAAGGCUUUGAUCACUUUUAUCAAGUCGGAUCAAACACUCGAUCCAAUUCUCGCAAAGAUUAACAUCUUUGAAGUUUUAAGUAGAAUGUUAUUGGACAUUUGCAGAAAGAGAAGUGUUGGUGCCGCAAGUUUCUUGGCACUUAUGGCAUACUUCCAAGAAUUACAGAUGACUUGGUAUGCUGCAGACAAAGCAAGAUGCUAUAAGCAAACGCAACAAAUCUUCGAUAUGAUCUCAAACAACUUGCCGGAAGAGCCUUUGGAUCAAUACGCUAUAACUUACUUAAUGAGAUUGUUACAACAGUCUUUGAUGUCAUUUAGUGUGAAGGAGAUGCUUGAAAUCUUUGGGUUCAGAAAUUGUAUUUCUCUCUUGCCAUACAACAAGCGUAAAACAGUUGCUGGUGAUAUUAUUAACAGAUGUGUUGUUCUUGACGAAAAGAUUGAAACAAAAGAGUUUGCUGCGAAUAUAGUGGAAGUUGUCCAAGACUUGCUGAUGAAAACAAAAGAUCAACCGGAGGGGUUGGAAGAGGAAAUUAUUUCUGUCGAUGUUGAGAAUGCAUGUAAACUGUUGCAUUUAAUUGGAGGAGAUGCAAAUGCGUUUGAAACUAUUUUGACAUUGUUCAGAGAUAAGAUGACGAGUGAUGCAGUCAGAGUGCAAUAUGUUGCUGCGCCAUUGAUGUUUGUUGCGUUAAGCAGAAGAAAAGAGGCCGAGUUGGUGAAAUUUGUCUUUGCGUUUGUUCUUGCUCUUUUGAAAAUGGUGACGAAAUUGGAGCAUUUUGUGUUAGGGUUCCGAUUGUCUCUUCAAUGUGGUGUUGCUGCUUCGGAAGCUGGUGUUGAAAAGUUCAUGUACUUCUUCAAAAAUGCUUUUGAUAUCUACGAGAACAUUGUUGAAUCAACCGUUCAAAAAGAGUGCAUCGACAUUGCCCUUGGCACUUUAAUUAGUUUCAAAGGAAACGAAACAAGCUUUACCGAAAUAAGAAAUAUGGUUUUCAAAACUAUUAAUUAUUUGUUGAGAACGCCAAUGAAAUGCGAGAUGCUUUGCAAGUUGGCUGCUGUUUCGAUGGCAAAUGCAAGUGGUGUGAUCGACAAAAAAGCAGCCCUUGACCUUUUAACAAGAGCAGUGAAAGAAUCUGACAGAAUCAUUGAUUCCGACAUCCACGCAAUAGUCUGCAUGAUGUUGUUGAACUACCAAAUACAAUACCUUGACACAUUGGAUAUUCCAUGCGAUACGUUAGAAACUUUAAUCCAAAAUAUUAAAGACGAGUCCACAGAAUUUUCUGAAGAGCAGUUGGCUCUUUUCAACAACUCGAUUACAACGUUAAAGGUAGUUUCGGAGAAGAGCGACAAGUACAAGAAGCUUGCCCUUUAA